UAUGGCAAAAUUUUGGAAGUGAAGACAGAAAAUGGACGCAUUCGAAGAGCUGAAAAGAGCAGUGGAGAGAGUAGAAAUAGUGGACGCUCAUGCCCACAACAUUGUGGCGCUGGAUUCCACUGUCCCUUUCCUCAGCUGUUUCUCUGGCGACAUUUUGCCCGACUCACCUCACACCCUCGACUUCAAGAGAAGCCUGGAUGAAAUCUGUGAACUAUAUGGCUCAAGCUUAUCCUUGGAUUCUGUUCAAGAAUCUCGGGAACGCCUUGGGUUGGCGUCAAGUGCUGCUAUUUGCUUCAAAGCUGCAAGAAUUGCUGCCUUACUUCUUGACGAUGGAAUUAAGUUGGACAAAACGCUUGACAUCAAAUGGCACGAAAGUCUUGUACCAACAGUUGGUAGAAUACUACAAGUUGAGCAUGUAGCUGAAAAGAUUCUUGACCGGGUAUUUAAAGUACCGCAAAUCAGCCCAUGAUAUAUAUAUAAUGUGUCCAUUCUUGACACUGACUAAGCUACCUAUUACAUAUUGUAAACAUACACUUAAAUUGAUUAUCAUCCCCCUCAAGUGAUGCUCCAUCUGAAAAAACACGGAGCUUCUCACAUAAAAGCAAUAAUCUUAGAGAAGGCUGAGACUUUGUUGAUAUA